AUGAGUAGUGGUCAAUAUUUCGCCACUUAUGUUGAGGAUCUGGAGCAGGAGCCGUUUGACGCAAUCGAUCUUGUCGAACGAAUCGCAUGGAGGAUGACAAAUGGGGCGGAAACGAUUACAGAUCCGAUUUCGCUGAAAUCGCGGUUCGAGGAAGAAAUCGGAAGUCUUCAAAUGUUGUGCGAUCAGUUCCAGAGCAAAAUCAAUAGUCUUGAGAAGCAAUUCAACGAUGAGAAGAAGGAUUAUGUGCAGAAAUUGCAAAGGCUCCAUGAGAAGAAUGCGGAAGCGAUUGACAAAAUGAAACAGCUUGAUUCAACAAUGCAAACGGUUUCCACGAAAGUUGUGCAUUUGGGAGAUCAGUUGGAAUCUGUGGAUCAACCACGCUCGCGCGCUUAUGACGCCUAUCAGCUCAUGCAGCAUUUCGACGAAUUUCUGUCGGAUCAGCCGCUCAACUCGAUGAUCUUCACCGAUCCCGACAAACUUCUCGAAUCCGCCGAUCUUGUGCAUAAGCUUUACUCGAUCUCACAAGAAUUGAAUAAGGAGAAAUUCUCGGCGGUGCAGGCGAGAAUUGCGCAAAGGUAUGAGGUUGUUGAAGGUCUCCUCAUCGAAGAAUUCGCAAGAGCUCAACGCGAUGAGAAGAAAAUGGCAGAGGUCGCAAAAAUAUUGUCAGAGUUUAAGGGUUACUCGCAUUGUGUGGAUCGCUAUGUCAAAUACCUAUGCCAAUCGAUUCAUUCUCGCGGUGAAGGCGGCGAGAUUCUCGCCGACUGCCUUCAAUUGUGUCGAACGCAGCAGCCAAGAAUAUCGGCGAUUUUUCCAUCACCGCACACCGUCAUGCAGAAAUUGGUGCUUAAUUUGUUCACGGGCAAGAUGAAAGAGCACAUAAGCGCGAAGCUGAGAGAAUGCAAAGAAGCCGAUGACAACGAGCAAUAUUUGAAGGAUCUGGCGAUGCUUUAUUCGAGCACAUUGAAAAUGUGCAAGGAGCUCGAAAAACUGCACAUCAGUCCCGAUAGCGCCUACCUCGCCGCCUUGACGAAAUCGAUAUUCGAUCGGUACUUGUCGACAUACUGUAAAGAGGAAUUAUCCUACCUCAACGAACAAUCCGCCCACAUUUUGUCGAAAUUUUACGAAUCGAAGAAGCAUGUGAAGAAGCAGAUUGGUGGCGGCCUUCAGGAGUUGAAGCGCGACGUCGCCGCGAGACUCAUGACAGUGGAGACAUACGGCGGCGAAACGUUUCUGUCGGAAGACGUCGCGAUUUCGAUUCUUCAAGAAACCAAAAAUGCAUUCGGAAGGGCCACGCAGCUGUGCGACAAAUCCGAGGUGCCGAGGCAUGUUGAAAGCAUUGUCGACAUUUUACUCAAAUACUUAUACGGAGAGCACUUGGAUUAUGCGGUGGAGAUUGGAUUGGCCGGAAUAUCACUCGCCGAGCCGAAAACCGAACCGCCGCCCUACUUUUUCGCGAUUGUCGCCCAAUGCACAACGAUCGUUUUGCUUAUGGUGAAACAGUAUGAUGAUUCAAUUUGGCCAAUUAUCAAGGAUACAAUCGUUGAGCAGACGGUUGCGAAAAAAUGGCAAAAAUCGCUGAGAUCGCUGGAAUCGAAAAUGAAUUUGGGACUCGAGCGACAAAUCAACUCGAUUGUUGGAUAUGUCAGAUUUUUGUUCAGCGAGCAGAAGAAGACCGACUUCCGGCCGGAGUCCCAACAGGUCGAUAUUCGAGUGUCCCCGCAAUGCCAGAUGGCAUCGAAAUUCCUCAGCGCUCAAGUUGCCGCAAUGGAGCGAGGAUGCGACGGGCAGAAUCUCGAGUCGCUGUUGUCGGAUCUCGCCACGAAGCUGUUCAAAUUUGUGCUCGCCCACAUUCAGCAGUUUACGUACAAUUCGACGGGAGCGGUGCUUUUGCUGUGCGAUGUCGGCGAGCUGCGAACGCUCGUUUCGAAAUGGAACGUUCAAGACGCGUUUGUGCAAUGGGAAAAUCUGUUGGCGCUUACAAAUCUGCUUGCAGUCCUACCUGACAAUCUGAAUGAUACGAUCAAUAGCCCAUUACUGCAAAAUGUGGAUCGCGCGCUUAUUCAGGACAUUGUUCGACUUCGAUCCGACUACCGAACGAUUAAAAAUUUGAAAAUUUGA